AUGUUGGGCUCACAAUCAUCGGCGGGUGACACUGGCUCUGUGCGUCCUGGAGGAGAGGCUGCGAGCGACUCUUUCCAGAAGAGGGAGCAAGCUCUGGAGAAUAUGUAUAUCCACCAACGGGAGCUCGAGAACUUGAAGAAGAUCCAGGAGAAAUUGGCACGGCAUCGUGCACACCUGGAGGAGCUUGACAUGCACGUGGGAGAGAUGGUUGAGGCAAAAACCGAGGCCGUGGAGAAAGGCAAAUGA